AUGAAAAAGCAGAAAAUGAAAUUUAACGAGCUUGACAAACGCGACAUUCAUAAUAAAUGUUUCUCUUUGCUUGCUCCAAAGCAAUCAUUACUUGAAUUUUGCUAUGGAUCCACAUUGGAAAGUUCGAUAACAAAUGAUGAUGACACGAGCGCAGAUGUAAUGGGAAUAAAAGAAGAUAGAAAUAAAAGGAUUUCUGAGUCUAUUGAUGCAUUACAUUUCAGUUCUUCUGUUAUCUAA